AUGCACAUGAGGUGUUGUGCCCAUAUCCUAAAUCUCAUUGUGGGGGAGGGUUUAAAAGAGAUAGAUGCAUCUGUUGCUAAGGUGCGUGAAGCUGUGAGGUAUGUGAAGUCCUCACCCAAUAGAAGUCAAACUUUUAAGAGUUUUAUGGAGAGGUUAGGUAUGGAGUCCAAGAGUCUUCUCAGUCUAGAUGUACCUACUAGGUGGAACUCGACCUAUAUCAUGUUAGAAACUGCUGAAAAUUUUGAGAAAGUGUUUCUCCGAAUGGAUUUUGAAGAUGAUGGUUCUUCGUCGUACUUUAGGACCAAGGAAGAUAGUGGUGGUUUGGGGUCUCCAUGUAUGAUUGAUUUCCAAAAUUGUAGGGUGUUUGUGACUUUCUUAAGGCUGUUUUAUAAUGCAACAAAGAAAUUUUCUGGUUCAUUGUAUGUAACUUCAAAUGCCUUCUAUGAUGAGAUCUUUGUUAUUCAGGAGAGUAUUUCCAAUUUAGUUAAAUCCCAAAACACUCUCUUGAAAAGCAUAGCCACAAACAUGCAAACUAAGUUUGAGAAGUAUUGGGGGGAAGGGGAGAAAAUUAAUCCUCUUUUGUAUGUGGCUGUGGUCUUUGAUCCACGAAAAAAAUUGAGGUUUUUGAAGUUUUCAUUUUCUGAAAUUUAUGGGAAUGUAGUUGCAGAAGUGAUGGUUGAUAAGGUGAAAGACCUUUUGUUUAAGUUAUAUAAUUUUUACACUUGUAUUCAUUCACCAAAUGUGCAAGAUCAAAGUGGGAGUGAGAGGACAGAAUUGGAAACUGAUGCUAGUGAUCCAUAUGUUAUGGUUCACUCGCGAUAUGAGCGUUUUUUGCAAGUUGAGCAAUCUGUAGGUUGUAGUAAUGAGCUUGAGAGGUAUUUGGCUGAAAACUGUGAUGGUAGAAAGGAUGCAAAUUUUGAGAUAUUGGAGUGGUGGAGGGACAAUUGUAAUAGCAUUUAG